AUGAAGAAUCUCAUCUUUGCCGUCCUCUUGGCUUGCGGGCUGCUGCCGGCGGCUUGCGGCAGCGUUUUGGAGCUGGAGCAGAUGAUCAAGUCGACCACAGGGAAAAGCGCCCUGCUCUCCUACAGCUGGUACGGGUGCUUCUGCGGCAUCGGGGGCAGAGGGACCCCGGUGGACUCCACCGACUGGUGCUGCCAUGCCCACGACUGCUGCUACAAGAAGCUGAGAGAGGGCAAGUGCAGACCCCUGAUAACCCCCUACCACUUCGACGUCGCCAAUGGAGACAUCGCCUGCGGUAAUGAGCAGAGUUGGUGCAAGAGAGAGACCUGCCUAUGCGACAAGGCGGUGGCUUCGUGCUUCGCGAGCACUUUGCAUUCCUACAAUAAAUCCUACCGCUUCUAUUUCAAGAUGAAAUGCCGAGGAAGUAAGCUCCAGUGCUGA